UAGCCCCUAGUGUGUAUGUGUCUGGAUACGGGCUGCUGCUGUUAAAAGAAGGAUUUUACGUGUUUAAGAAGUUUAGCAAGUAACUCAGAAGUGCAUUAUCGUUUCGUAUGAAGGACAACCAUCGCUGCAGUUUGACUGAAGCGGAUUACCAUCUUCCUUGCCUUCUUCCAGCCCGCUGCAUGGAUUUUUCCAUUUCUAGUUGAUCGAGUUCUCUUUGGAUGCAUUUCCUGGAAAAUGGGAGCAGGAGCAAUCACUGUCUGUCAGAACAAGACAGCUGUCAAGUUGAAGGAGGACGUGAAGAGGAUCAUGGCUCAGCCACUCGGUGGGCAGAGGACCUGCAGUGCUGGCAAGGUGUUUGGUGUUUCGCUGUACGACCUGCAGCAAAGAGGGCAGACGGUUGACAGCAUUCCUCUUGCUGUGCGACAUAUGGUAGAAUACUUGCGACAAUAUGGGCUGGAACAAGAGGGUCUUUUUCGAGUGAACGGAAACGUGAAGGUGGUGGACCGGCUGCGGCAGAGUUAUGACAGCGGGGGUGUGCCUGAUCUCAUCCAGGAAGCAGACGUCUGCUCCGUUGCCAGUCUCCUCAAGCUGUUCCUGAGGGAGCUCCCUGACGCAGUGAUUGUCUCCAGGUUGCAUUCCCAGUUCAUGCGGCUGUAUCAGGACCACAAUGGAAAUCGGGAAGAACUACGAGGGCUUCUGCAGCAGCUCCCGGAAGUUAAUUACUGUCUGCUGAAGUUUCUGUGCCACUUUCUGACUCUGGUUGCUGCGGAGCACAGGACCAAUCGAAUGACUGUUUACAACCUUGCCACCGUCUUUGGUCCUAAUAUAUUUCAUGUUUCCGCUGGUUUUGAAGGAAUACAGGAGCAAAACAUCUCCAACAAACUGAUGGCCUCACUGCUGGAGAACUACGACAUCUUCUUUGAAAACACGGACAAGGUGGACGUCUCACCUGGCACUGGCACGCAAACGAGAAUAAUAACUGUGCAGGAAGCCAGCAGUGACGUGUCCUUCCCAACCAGUGUGUGUUCUGUGCCAUCAGCUGCUUCAACCACUGAAGCAACAAGACCGUUGCCAAGGAAAAAAAAGAACAAAAGGACAAGGCCCAAAGUCAUUCCAGGAACUUUCCUUGUGCCUCAACCAGAACAAUCAAUUGGAACUCCAGAAACAACACGGACACUGCCUGUCAGGCGUGCCAGCCAGGAAGAGAUGGAGUCAUCCGAGGAGCUUGCCUCCAGUAUAAAAGACAUGGAGAUAAACAGCUCUCAAGACGAUGAUAGACCAAUGUCCCCCUUCUAUUUAAGCACCCAUGUGUCACCAAUCAACAACAAUUCAUCAGCCGGGGACUUUAUAGAGAGGACCAUCCGGUCAGCAGUGGAACAACACCUCUUUGACAGUCAUGGCAGUGGAGGUCAAAGCCCGGAGGAAUCUGAAUCAGGGACAUCGUUAUUGAGUGCGGUGGGCUGUGCGAGACAGAGGAGGAGACAUCUGAAGGAACAGGAUGAACCCUGGAGAAGCAGAGAAACGGAUGACAUCAACAAAGAGAAUAUUCCUUCAGCGUUCAGUGGUAAUGAGGAGAACCGAUCGGGGCUCGUGGAACCUCUGCAGCAAGGUGACAAAAAGCUAAAGGAAACUAACAGCAGCUACAUUGAGGAAGGCAUGAAGCCGAAGAGGCAGAAAUCAAGUUGCAAACUCUCCGAGCUCAACAAGAACCAGGAUUCUCCAAUGCCCAUGGAAAGCAGCAGUGUCUCAUCAAGCUGGACUUCAGACCCAGGACACAGGGGCAGCUUGACUUUCCAGACUCACUCAGAUGAUGUGACUGAACGUGAGCGAAAAGAGAGUGCUUUCUGUGAUGGGGAUUCAUACGAUCACAUUAAGCUGACUUUGAAUACAGCCAUGAAGAUUCAGGAACCUCCGAGCCAAAGCGACGUGGCCAGAACACCGAGGACUCCUGAACCAGCUACAGCGGAAGGCAGCAGCACGUUGGAGAUCCCUCGUCUGGACCUGACUGGCUUGUCAGAGGACAAGGAGCUGGGAGAAGCUGGGCCAGCCCUCCAGAUGUGGAAGAGCCCUGACGCAGAAUCCGAGGAAGCUCGCCUGUCGCCGCAGGCGGGCCGAUUAAUCCGCCAGCUCUUGGAGGAAGACUCCGACCCCAUGUUGUCUCCUCGUUUCUACGCCUACAGUCAGAGCCAGCAGUUCCUCAAUGACACAGAAGUGCCCCCUUCACCCCCUAAUUCACAUUCCUUCAUGAGGCCUCGGAGCUCAUCCCUUGGUUCCUAUGACGAUGAGAGGGAAGAACUGACCCCAGCACAGAUGACCCGAAGAAUCCAGAACUUGAAGAAGAAAAUUAGGAGAUUUGAACAGAAAUUCGAGGAAGAGAGGAGAUAUCGCCCUUCACACAGUGACAAAGCCACAAACCCCGAAGUGCUGAAAUGGAUGAACGAACUCACCAAACUUCGCAAGCAACUGAAAGAUGCAAAGCUGAAGGUACCCGAAGAAGACAUCAUUCCCCAGGUGAGGCAGCGCAGCAACACCCUGCCCAAGAGCUUUGGGUCGCAGCUAGAGAGGGGGCCAGAGAAGGAGCAGGAGAAGAAGCAGGAGGUGGCAGAGAAAGUGCAGAAGCCCUCAGUGGAGACAACACUUGACACCAUCCUGAAGAAAUUGCAGGAGAAGCGUGCUGAGGUGAAUCGCCCUGAAGAUAUAAAGGACAUGACCCGAGAUGAGAUAGCUAACGAGAAGGUUGCUCUUCAGAAGGGGCUUCUGUACUACGAGAGCAUCCACGGGAGACCGGUCACAAAGGCAGAGAGACAGAUAAUGAUGCCUCUUUAUGAUCGCUACCGUCUGGUGAAGCAGAUUCUGUCCCGGGCAAACACCAUCCCUGUCAUUGGUUCCCCUUCGAGCAAGCGGCGAAGCCCUUUACUGAAACCAAUAAUCGAGGGCGAAACAGCUUCCUUCUUCGAGGACUUAAAGGAAGAGGAAGAUGGCACCGAAGAUGACGGUAAUCCCAAAAUGGACUUUGCAGUGACAGCAAAACCGGGUUUCACCAUCCGCAGCUUCCUGGAUCAGCUGGACGACAGCAUGGAUGCGUUCACACCCCCAGUAAACGAAAGGACACCAGCCCGAUGCAGCCUCGACCUACGACUCUCCAACCUGCACUCAGCCUCCAUGCCUGAACUCUUGGAACAGUUGCAAGAAGCAAGAGCUGACAAAAAGCGACUUCGCAAAACCCUGAGGGAUUUUGAAGACACUUUUUUCCAGGAAAAUGGAAGAAAUGUGCAGAAGGAAGAUCGAGAACCCAUGGCUGAGGAAUAUAAUGAAUACAAGCACGUCAAGGCCAAACUGAAACUCCUGGAAGUGCUCAUAAGCAAGCAAGAUUCAUCAAAGGUCAUAUGAAUAUGCAGGGACACCAUGGUAACUGUUCAUUGCCUCUGUCCUUUAGCGAAAGGUCCUGCUAUGAUGACGAGGAGAUGUGCUGGCUUCUCUCCAGUGAAAGGUGUCCAGUGGCAGUGAGACUGUAACCAAGAGGAACUGCCAUACACCACCACCUGUGCUUUUAAGGAAAGGUUAAUCUGAAGGGAUUGGGAUUCGUCUCAUCCUUUCCUAGAGAGUGGAUAAAAAAUAUCCCUCAAUCUUUGAUUACCCUCUGCACCGCAAACCUCUGAUCACAGAAUGAACUCUGACCUACAGCUGAUUACAUUAGACUAUGCCAAUGCUUUGAGGCCAGAUGUAUGACCACAUGGAUUGUGGCCUGGAUAACAAAUAACACAAGAACCCAGGGGCUGGUUCUCAAUGUCUUUAAAAGUAUGAAAGAAUUCCUACAGGAAAUGUACAGCUCUCAAGUGAUAUAAUUGAACUAAAUUUAUAGGCAACAUUUAUCAAUUCUCCAUUAAAAGGUUUUUUUUUGCUUUGUGGGAUGUUUUAAUAACGCUUACCAAAAAGACAAUCAAUUGAAUGAAUACUGCAUUGAAUCCCAAUAUGUGUGUGCGGCUUUUAUUUUAGAAGAAAAUGAAAUUGCAUCCUGUGCUUUUUAGAUACUAACUGAUCUUACAUGCUUGUGGAAAUCAUAGAUUAAAAUGUCAGGGUUGGGAUGGAGGCAGAAGUUGCACAUUUUCUGGAGAACUUGGGUGUUUGAUAAUAACUGAAGGUAAAGAGCCUUACCUUUUACAUGCGGAUUAAUUGUGAAAUGCAGUGGCUUUAUAACCCACUAUCCGCAGAGUGUAUGGAGCUCCAGCAUCCCUCAUUGCUGGUUCCUCUGACUAUAUAAAAUUGCUUCAGCGUUAUCAGAGUUAGCACUCUCAACACUGAUUUUCUGUUUGUUAGAGGCAAAAAUAAUUCUUGAGUCAAUAUCCAUACUGUACUAAUGGUAUUUUACUCCACCAAUCCAACCAAAGGAUGAUUAAUAAUGUUGUACCGUCACAAGCUUAUCAGUAUCCAAAGCUUUGCAAAGCGGGCUACUAAAUUUAGUAAAAAAUCAGCUAAUUUCUUUCCUUGGGUCAAGAAUGGAGAAGAGCAUAUCACCUGCUGAACUUGUUAUCUCGUGUCUCCAGUCAUUCUGUCUCAUAAUUCUGGCUCGAAUGGCCUACUCCUGCACCUAUUUUCUAUGUUUCUAUGUUUCUAUAAUGUAAACGUGGGCGUUUCACACCCAAAGCACAAAAGUAGAGAUUUGCUCUUCAUCCUUCAUGGCAGUGGCACUCCACUGAAGUUAAUGGAGCUGAAUUUCGGAAGCAGAGUACUGUAUUCGGUCACUGCUGCUUUGCAUUUUAACAAGAGUGACUAAGGACAUGAACUUCUAACGCUAGACGCUAGGGAGGCAAUGUAUGUAAGUAACCACCUUGGGCUGAUGGGAGAGCCCCAGGAGAUUGUCAGAGAGCCCUGAUCUGAGAAUACAAAAUCUUAACAAGGUAACUAGGUGGUUGAGUGGAAGCCAAACACUGCAGUAUAGAUGUGUUGAUUAAGGACUCUGUUCACAGGAUUCAAGGUGGGUUUGAAUGCCCUGCUCAGUUUUUCUCAACAGUCUCCCAAUUAAUUCCAAUGCAUUUGAUCCUAAAUUCUAACCCCUGUAUAAUCUAAAUUGGGUAACACCCUCCUCCAUUCAAUAACAUAUUGUCCUUCUCACCUAAGAAAGAGCCACAAUUAGAUUUGUGCACCACAGCAGGUUUUCAGGUAUUAAUUGUGCUAUGUAAUUGAAAGCUGAUGUUUUUACAGAAAUACACACAUUCAGCAUCACAAAUUUAAAAGAACUUUGGGUUUUGGGUUACAUAGCCACAUAAAUAAAAUUGAAGAGCUGCGGUCAGGAAGGUUGUUCUUGCAGAUCUUGGUUGAAUUAUUCCCUGACCAUCUGACUUCAUUUUCCCUUCAUGUCUCUUAUUAAUUUCCAUUAAAAUUCCUCAUUAGAAGCCCAGUUGCAUCAGAAAUUUCCCUAUUGUGCCCUAAGCUAUUAGGAUAGUUACUUUAUGUAGCUAGUUGAGAUGGUUCAUAUAAUAUAGGCAAGCCUUUAUUGUGUGGAACAAGCAUUUACAUGCAUGGGUGCAGUAAGAUGUAGACAGUUGAGGGAUUGGUUUUCAUUUGACAUCAAAGAAGCUACUGUAUUUUUUGGUGCCAGUUUUCAAGCAAAUCUCUUAAAGCAGCAGGUUUGCAAGACCUUUAACCAUAUCUGGAUGAAAUUCCUCUUUCUGAUCAUUUUGUGGACCUGUAAGAAAAUAUAUCUGUGUCUUUUUUUGAAAUGGUAAGAGGAAUUUCAUGUGAUUCUGAGUACGAACCUGUUUGAGGUUUUACAGGUACAGCGGGGGUUUGAUAAUCGGAGCUCUAACAGAGCAGAUCUUCUGCAUUUGCUUCAUGGGUCAAAACAGGCAAUUCAGCAUUCUUUUCCAGGCAAAACAAUUUAUAUAACUUGUACCUCGGGUUUACAAAUGCAUUCUGAGCAAGCGUAAUAGAUUAUAAUGCAUAGUCCACCAUUAAUUGAGCCAGGCCUAUUUUGAACAGGUUGGAUGGGCUUUUGGUUACAAAAAGACCAGAUUUCCAAAGAAUUAAAGGGCAAGGGAAACACCUAGAUAUAUUAAUGACAAUGAACUGAUGUGUAUUUGAUCUCUGCAAUCCACAGAAUGGAAUUUUGUUUUAUGAGGCUCAAGAACAAGUUUGGCAGAAUUAAAUCAAUAAGGGACAGAAAUUUGAAUUCACUUCCAGUUGUCUGAUUACAAACUCUGACAGUACAGCCAUUUAUGACAGAUGAAACAGCACAAACGCAGCUGAACCCUGUUGAGAGCAUCGUUAUUUAGAUUACUCAAUGCCAGACCAGCUCUCUGUUCUGCAUAGCAGAAAUGGCAGUUUUGAUUAUGAGUCCUUAUGGGCAUUGAACCUACCAAUGCCCAUACCCCUAUGAACCUAUUCAAUAUCUACAGGGACAGCACAUUCACAUAUCCCGGUAUGUGGGAUAUGGGCACAUCUGGCAAUCCUCAACAGAGAGGAGGACAGAGUCAGGUCAGAUAUCUAAAGAUAUACCUGACUGAGUGACUUGGGCAGUUGGGUAUCUAGAGAUGUCCCUGAAAGAGAUGGGCAGUGUCAGGUAUCAGAGCGACAUUGUUAAAGUUGUGGAUGAUUGAAUUAACAAAACCCUCAUGUAAAGCUUUGGGAAGAAAAGAUGUCAACCCCUAAUUGUGUUGAUGUCUACUUUAUUCCACAAGAUGCCCCAUCUUUUUACAGUUAACAGACACUUGCAACAAUAUGUUUAACAGUUCUUGUUACAUGCAUGGAAUUCUUUGAAAUUACAGAAGCAUUGCAUUAGUAGUGGGGUUAGCUCAAGUAGGAAACUUAGUCUGCAUAGAAUAGUUGGGCCAAAGGGUCUGUUUUCAUGCAGUCUACCUGUGACUAGUGAAAUCAGUAACUUUCCCCAUGCAUGCAGAAAUCUGGGAUUUGGGGAGAGUUUCAUUGGGAAAAGGACCAAGAUUGAAAAAAGACAAGUGGAUGGAAAGUGAUGCUGUUCAAGCUGUGGCCUGAGCAGAUUUGAAUGGCUUCUGAGUUAGCAUAACCUUAUGAUGAUAUUUAAAGCUACAGCCCCCACAUUAAGAAAAUCCUUUGCCAUGCAUGUGUCUUCUCUUUUUCUACCUUUAUAAUUUUUUUUGUCCAUUUAUAACAGGAACGCGUAAAGUUUAUAUCCUUUUCUGUGUGCUGGUAGGAGGUCAUAGUUUCAGUGUUUUACUAAGAGUUUCAGCAAUGCCUUGUAGUAAUCACAGUUUUAAUGAAAAUAUAUUAAAGUUGGGGCAUAAUGUGAAACUAGAUGUGGGACAGAAUUACAUUCACACUUCAUUUACUCAGUUAUCUGCUCUCUCAAAUCCCACUUUAAAAUGGCACACAUGCUAACCCUCUCUUACUGGGUAUGAACAAGUCUGCAAUAAUGUUUUCAGUACUAAAGAAAGAAAAACCUGCAGGAAGUUCUGCUAAUAAGGUACACAGUCAGUCAUCAUUUAUUACUAAAAAAGAUGAUCUGCUUCCAAUCUGAAACCUUUUAAGAUUGUAACAGUUGACUUAAAGCUUACAGUGUUCCAAGGAUUUUCUGAAGAACCAUUUUAAAUAGCACACUGUGAAAAAGCAAUCAAAUUCAGCCCUGGGCUAAUAUAAACUGGAGAUGCAGUAACAUUUUGGACUCAGCUCACAUUAAAUGUAAGACUGAAUUGUUAUUGUUAACAUCCAUGUGUUCUGCCCGUGUGAUCACAUUGAUGGCCUUUACAUGCUUUGGUCUCUCUGGCUCAACUUUUCUCACUUAGGCCGUUGUGGGUGUGUGUUUGUGCUCGCUCAACUCACUGAAAGACUGUCCCAGUCUGCAAGAUGCCCGUGGCACUGGGUCAGUGCUUACGGGAAGAAACAUUAAGAAACUGACUUUGCCGGUGUUAAAGUUGAUCUUUGAAUGUAGACACUGAGAAUGGAAAACUAUGGAUAUGUACAUUUUUGUACAUGAAAGUGAUUGUAUUUUAUAUAACAGAAAAUAUAAUAUUUUUGCUGCAAAUAAAUUGUUUUAUUUGUGUUUGAUUUAGCAAGAAAUGAAUGGCAAAGAAAAUUAUGAGCUUUU